AUGCCAUCAAGCAUAGAACACCUCAUCAUCGGCUUCCGAGAUACACUCGAUUUUUACUUCUCUAUGCUAUCUCCGCCGUGCGCGGAGUACAUGUACAUGUUCAUGUUCAUGUCCAUGAAUGCCGAUCAAAGAUACAGCGCAGACACGAAUCCACAAUCCCCGAGCUGCCACUUUUGA